AUGGCUUCUCUGGGUCGGGCAGUGACGACCUUGGGUGUUCGAUCAUCGAUUAGUAAUUCACUACGAACUUCUUUGGCUUAUUGUACAAAGUCUUUCGCAGACCCCAAGACCUGUGAUGCAAAUGCUGUAAACUUAGUUACACAUACUGGACAGAAAUACAGUGAAGAUGAUUACAGGCGUGUCAGAUUUAUUGACAAAGAGAAAUUGGUCAACAGAAACUUUGCUAUCGACCUGAUUGCUGAAGAUCCAGUUGUUGUUGUGAAUGCCCGAAACAUAUGGAGUGAUGGUGGAGGAGCACUAGGUCAUCCCAAGGUUUACAUUAAUCUGGAUAAACCUGAAAUUGCUGUUUGCGGUUAUUCUGGUCACAAGUUCAUCCAAAAGAAAUUUUACAAUGAAGCUGAACAUGGACCUUGUAUAUCAUACGAGGAAUACCUUGGCAAAGCAAAAGCUGCAAAAUAA